GACUGUUACUUGUGACUUUAUAUUCUGGUGUUUUUCGCCACGAAGCAAGAUGAAAACAUUACUGGUGUUAACUAUCGUAAUUUCGUCUUUCUCAGCCACAUUAGCUGUAUCCUACAAGAAUGGAGAAGAGGUUAUUUUGUAUGUCAACAAAGUGGGACCUUACUUCAAUCCUCAUGAGACCUACCAUUAUUACCAGUUGCCAGUGUGCCGACCCAAAAUUAUUGAGCACAAAAGCCUUACCUUGGGAGAGGUUUUGGAUGGAGAUCGAAUGGCCAAGUCAGACUACAAAAUCAGAUUCAAAGAAAACAUCCAGAACCACAAGCUAUGUGAUCUGACUCUCUCAGAGCAGGAAGUGCAGUACUUGCGGGAGGCUGUGGAAGAACACUAUUACUAUGAGUUUGUGAUCAAUGAUAUACCUGUGAGGGACUUCAUUGGUCAUCUAGAAGAGUCAGGCUUUGUCCCUCACACUCACAAGUUGUUCCUGUGGACCCACCAGCACUAUAAUAUCUACUACAAUGAGGACAAGAUCAUCUAUGUGAAUGUAACAAAAGAGCACAGCCCCAUCAGCCUAGAUGAUGUCGAGGCACCUAUGACAGUGAAGAUCACUUAUUCAGUGACAUGGAUCCCCACCAAGAUAAGUUUUGCUGAUCGUGGACACCUGAUUCAGGACAACAGUUUCUUCCCCAGGAGUUUGGAGAUCCAUUGGUUAUCCAUCAUUAAUUCCAUGGUUCUUGUUUUUCUUCUCAUGGGAUUUGUCGUCAUCAUUUUGACUCGGGUGUUGAAGAACGACUUUGCCCGUUACAACAUUGACGAGGAAGGACGUGAUGAAGUGGAUACUGAUGAAUAUGGAUGGAAGAUCAUUCACACAGAUGUGUUUCGCUUCCCUGAACGCAAGAGUCUCUUCUCUUCAAUUUUGGGUGUUGGCUGUCAGUUCCUUGCUGUGACAGUGGGCAUUAUUGGGAUGGCUCUCUUGGGAAUGUUUAAUGUCCAUCGGCACGGUGCCAUGAACAGUGCAGCUAUUUUCCUGUAUGCCCUUGCAUCAACUAUUGCUGGAUACGUGUCCUCAACAUACUUCCGAUUGAUGGGUGGAACCAAGUGGGUUUCCAAUGUCAACCUCACCACUGUACUUUUUGCAGGACCAUUCUUCCUAAUAUGGAGUGUACAGAACUCUGUGGCCUGGGCCUAUCAUUCAACACAGGCACUACCCUUUACUACCAUCAUACUACUUUUCAUUGUGUGGCUUUGCAUUGGUUAUCCCUUGACUGUGUUUGGAGGAAUCCUGGGCAAGAAUGGUGUAACAGAAUUCAACUUUCCUUGUCGCACAAAAAAUAUUGCUCGCGAGAUCCCUUCUGUUCCAUGGUACCGUUCACAUUGGGCCCAUUUUGCUGUUGGUGGAUUUUUGCCUUUCAGUGCUAUCAGUGUGGAGAUGUACUACAUAUUUUCAACUCUCUGGGGACGUGAACAAUACACCCUCUAUGGUAUUUUGGGUGUAGUGUUUGUCAUACUGCUGAGUGUGACAGCUUGUGUGUCCAUUGCACUCACAUACUUUCAGCUUGCUGCUGAAGACUACAGAUGGUGGUGGAGAUCAGUCUUCAGUGCAGGAUCAACUGGGGGUUUUGUCUUGAUGUACUGUCUGUUCUACUACCUGAAGCGGUCCAACAUGUCUGGUGGGCUACAGACAAUUGAAUUUGUCGGCUGGUCGCUCCUCACCUGCUACGUCUUCUUUCUCACCCUUGGCACGGUAUCAUUCUUUGCGUCACUUGCCUUUGUCAAGUACAUCUACCGAAACAUCAAAAUGGACUAACCUUUACUCUUGUAUGCAUAUAGGCUCACUUGGACACAUUCAUAGGCAGGAAUCCAUGAGUCCAAAUGGGUGUACUGUACAUUCCUUUCCAUAUAUCACCUUAUAUAAGACAAUUUGAUUAAUAUACAGGUAUUGUGAUUGUAUACUUAAGUAGUUUUUCAUGUUUUAUAUAUCAUUUUUACCUCACUUUACUAUUGUUGUGUAUCAACUCACAUAGCACUUCUUGUGAAUAGGAUAUUUGUAGAAUUGUAGCCAUCAUAACUGGGGUUUCAUAACCUUGCCUACUGCUUGUGUGGUGUGAUAAUGUGUCGGGAAGUCUGUAGUUUUGGGUAAGAAGAAAAUCAAUCCUACUAAGUGCAAUGAGUGGUGAAGAGCAUUCUUCAUCACACCAGUCACACUAGAGCAGUAAUUUGCUGUAUCUUUGUUUGUAAUUUAUCAGUGCUAUGCCUGAAUCAGUUGUUGUGCUCUUGUCAAAAGUACUACUGCUGAGCCUAGUGCCUUAAAACAUAAUAAUGGAACAGUAAAGCAUUAACCUCUUGAGGACAGCAGCAUGUCUGCACAUUACUAAAGUGUUUAUUGCUUUAAAUUCAUAAAAUAAAUAAGUGUUGUGAAUUGUUUUUAGAAGUUCUUGGUAAAAGAUGAUGUGUGAGUACAUUAUGCUCUCCCUCUUCAUUUCAUACAGUAAUUUCUAGUUAGGUUACAUCUUGGCUUCUUUAAGUUGCAAAGUUAAGAAUAGGUUUUUUAUUCUUCCCAGAUUAUUUUUCUCAGAUAGUGAAGAUUUUAUGCUAUUCAUGUUAUGUUUUAUACAGGUGUCUGUAUUAUAAAUCUUAGUCCUUGUCAACCAUCCUCAAGUUUAUUUUUAUUAUUGGGGUUUGAAUUAAAGGAGUAACAAAGUGUUAACAUGAAUGAAGGCAGGAGAUAUAUUCCAUGUGAAGUAUAAGGUUCAGGCUUUUUUCCAUAAGGCUGGGUGGGGGGGGGUGGAUAUUCUACCCCAAAUAUUACCCCAACAAACAUAAUUUGCUCACAGUCCUUAAUUGCUAUUAUGGAACAUGUUGCAUUUGAUGUUAUUAAACAUACAGUACUGUAUUUGUAUAGCCAAAUGAAUUUUCAACAUUGGUUUUUGAAUCAUGAUUUUAAACCUCAAUGGUACCAAUGCCCCUGAAAAUCUCUGGGGGUAUCAGCUGACCUCUGACAUAUCUUCCCUCCCCUCGCCAAUGCAAAAGCUGAAAAAACCUAAAGGUGUGAUCUGAAUGUAUGUAUGUGUGUGUGUGAUGUGGUUCUUUUGUUAUUUAAUUUAUUCCAAUGAUCCUACUGCCCAUCUGUGAAGAAGUUCUUUACACUGUUCUGAAUUAAGGAAUAUAGAGAAUGUACACAACUCAUUACUGUACAGUGUUUGUGUCACUCCCUGAAAUAGAGAGAUAUCAUGUCUCUGCACAUGGUAGAGAACUCAGAGAUAAAGUAGAAGUACUGUCUUCAGAGAUGUCAUUGGUGUAGGCCAGUUGUUUUGUUUGAUAGAUUUAACUUAAACUUUAAACAAUUGAGAAUAAUUUUUGUUAUAUUAUAUUAAUAUAUAUUUCUUAGUGUUAACUACAUUUUGACAAAUUUAAUUAUUUUCAUAUUUUAUUAUCAUCUCUAAUAUGUGACAGACUAUAUUUUUACUGUUAUACUCAGCUUGUAUUUAUGUCGCCUUAACUUUUGGUUAUUCAAAAUUUAUUUAAAUGUUGGUGUCACGUAAUUAGAUUAUUGGAAUAUCAAUGCUUAACACACAGCUUGCUGUGUUAGGUGAAGGUGACCACAUCUAUUGUAUGGUUGAGGAAAAAUAUUCUGCCCCCACAUUGCUGUGGCCAGUGGAGACAUCCAGCAACUCUCUUGUAGUAGUAAACAGAUAAUUUAUGAAUCAGAAACAAAAAUAAGGAAUUUAUUAUAAAAAUGUGCACUUUUACACUGCUGAUUCAUUAAUUAUCUGUUUACUUCUACUAUACUGUACAAGAGAGUUGCCGGAUGUCUCCACUGGCCACAGCAGUGUGGGGGGCAGAAUAUUUUUCCCCAACUGUACAUUUCUUUCAUGGCAAGUAUUUAACCUUACUGAAAGCAAACUUUAACCAGGUGUCAGACAUUUAGCCACUUGUUUUCCUUUUAGCAUUUUCUUAUUAACACUUGAGUUAAAUAGAGAAAGCCAUUGUAAUUAACUAAUGAACAAUGUCUGCAUUUGUAUUAACACUUUGGUUGAGGUUGACAUUAGUAGCUGUGGUAGCACUGUGAGAAGUGUUAGCUUUGGGUGUUUGUAAAGCAUCUUGAUGGGUACCUUCAUUAAUCUCUGUAAUGAUAGUUGCUUGUUUGAAAUUAGUUGAAUUGUAGGGGCAAGUGAUCAUGUAAAGGAUUGAUAUUCCUACUUUGAUAACAUGCUUAGUGCAUCACCCUGUCAACCUAGAGUAAUUCACUUCCUCUGUCUUUGGAACUGCCACAUCAAUCAAUUAGUACAGUACAGGGGUAUCGUAAAUAAUUCAUUUUCCGUUUUCAUUAAUUUGAAACUGUAAUGUAGCUGCUAAAUGACUUUCUAAAAUUAUCAUAGGACUCGUCUAAUUGUGAAAAAAAAAUCCUGAAAAUUACACUAUAUGUCCUUAUUAAUUAGUGGUGUAAAAGAGCUAUUACAAAUAUUUUGUGGUAUUUGGUGUACAUAAGACUAAUGUGGCAGCUCAACCUAGCAAAUCAUCAACAUGUCAUUCAGUAGCCUAUUGUUUUGGAUUAAAUACUUCAAGGAGUUCCUUUGAAAUGUUGAGAGUUCUGGAGAUCCUGUUUAAAAAGUUAGUUACUACUUCAAUAUUAUAAUUUAUAUGCAACUACUGUAUUACUAUGCCACUUAGCUUGGCAAUAUAAGCUUUCGUAAAAAAAAUAGUUUUUUAUAUAAAAACAGUACGAGUUAUUAUUCAUAUUAAAAACACUUACUGUAUUGCACCAGUCUUAUCCCCAAUUCUCAAAUGACACAAUGCAGGAAAGUGUUCUGAAACAGUCACAUUCCACCAGGGAUUUAGGGCUGAAAAUACAGUGACUAACUUGCUGUAUGGUCUGCUACUGAUCACCAUCCUGUAUUGGCUUUAUCUGGUGAGUAAUAUAUUCUGAGCAUUAGAGGUGCAUUAGAUUAUUUGAUGUACAAAAUAGUCAUACUUAGUGUUAGGAUAGGCUGGUGUUUAAUUGGUGAGAAGCUGAAUGUCAUCCUGUAAUUUUACAAAAUUGUCCUCUGGUAAUAUAUGUUGUGUUUGUUCAUACAUUGUGAAUAUAAAGCAUCUUCAUCCUCCACUGAAAAAAAAGAGGUAAAUGUUACAUACUGUAAUGGUUUAUUGAGUGUACCCUGAGCUUGAUUGUUAUUAGUAUAGUGCCUUACUACUUAUUUUUAACAAUUGUCUAUGAUUCCCACUUGUUUUCAAAUGGAGAGAUUAUUUUUUGUAAAACUAGAAAUUCUGAAAAAGUUUUAGAGCAAAAACUCCUUUUUUUUUCUUAUUAGCAAUAUUUGUUUUAAACUUACUGAUUUUUUAUUUUUUCUUCAAUAUACCCCAGUAUAAGAGUGUGUUGUGCAGAGGUUUGCAGGACUUACUGUAUAGUGCAUUAUACAGUAGUAUAUAUAAUUAUGCAAAAAUAUCACAAUUUAAUGAUUUACUGUGUAAUGUAUGUUCAUUCUAUUUUGGAAAACUGACAUCAGAUUACUGGAGUGUAUAUUUUUUUUGUUGAGUGAUGCCGUAUGGUCCUUCCUUCUUGUGACAUAGAGGUGUUUUCACUCCCCUAUAGUAUUAGUUAAUACAUUAAUUUUUGCAAAUGAUUAUUCAGUAUCCAUUGUAGUGUGGUAGAGUGGUCUCUUUUACUGGGCUCCAUAAUCUUUCUAGGAUUGUGUCAGCAACACAGUAUAUUUAGGUUGUUUAGAUAUGCAAUGAUGCUUUUAACAACGGGUCUCUAUAUCCGUUUUAUAACUAAUGUAUUGUGUAAAUACAGUCAGCGUCAAAAGUCUUGCCGCCUCUCCUGCUGCUCCACUAACCCCACGAUUCAGACUUGUGAGCCCUAAGCAGUAGAUACCGAUGCAUUAUUCUGUCCACUGAUACUUUGGAUUCACGAGUUUCAGUCUCGGGGGUUCCUGGAGCAGCAGGACAUUUGAUUGUGACUACAUAACAUUUUGGUUGUAUUUGUUUGUUAAAUUGUAAAAUAGCACAUUGAUUUAUAAGUUUGCAUACAUAAUUACCUUCACCAAGAUGGUACAUUUUAUAAGGUAUAAAAAUCUUGUACAAGUUAAAGAUGUGGUGUUUAGUGGUUCAGUAUUAAAAGUGGGUGAUAUGUCUCAACCACUGUGUUUUUGUGAUUGUUGUUACAAAGUGAUCAUACUUGUAAAGGUAUUUAAUUUGUGAUUACUGGGCAUACUACAUAUUUUUGAGUGGCACAAAUAUUUUAUUUUGACAUAAUG